AUGAAAAAAACACAUAGUUGUUAAUUACGGACCUUAGGUUUUGUAAAAAAUUAUUAAUCAGAUUCCAAUCAAAAUAAUAUCAUUAACCACACCCUUUAUCAUAAAUAUGCAUCAUCUCAAAAUUACUAUUAUACAAGAGAAAUUAACGAGAUUUUAAGUAAGCAACGAACUUCAUCUGUAAUUUUGUUUUAAGUAUCAAAGCGAUCUAAUAAUAGGAUUAUUUGCAUUAUGAUGAUGAAGAUGAAUAUCUUAAAAGAUUUUAUAUUUAUGAUGUAUAUCAUAAUAAGAUGAAAUUGCUUAAAGAGUUUUAUAAAUACCAUAAGGAUCUUCCAAGAUUUACAUUAACUUAAAAAAUACUUUAAACUCUAAAUUAUUAUUAUGAUAAGCGUAGAAAAUUAGAUUAUUAUAGAAUCUAGAGAUAAAUAGAGUUUGAAAAUAAAUAAAAUCCUUAAUUACCCCAAAAAGGAAUAGUUGGAGACAAACCAAUAGAAACUGAAAGUACGCCAAGAUCAGCUAGUAGUUCAACAUCAAAUGUUAAUACUAAUAUUGAAAAUAUACUUAAAGACAUUACUAGAUAAGAAUCAAAGCAAUAAAUUGAGAUCAGUAAAAUAACUUAGAUCUAAGAAGAAUAGUAAAGUGAGAUCAUUAAAAUAAUCAAUAUGAUUAGCACACCAUAAAUUAAGAAUUAUUAGGUUUUUAAAAAAUCUAAAACCAAUUUCAAGAAAUAAUUGAAACUUGAUGAAUUAGGUCUAUCAUUAUCAUCAAGAAUACAAUAGAACCCACAAGAAGCUAAAAUGCCUUUAUCAGCUAGAUAUCCUUCUUAUUCAUUAAGCAGAGUUAACCACAAACAUUAAUCAUUAUCAAAAGAGAAAACUGCUGAUACUCAUUUAAUAAAAGAUAAUUUAUUGUAAUUAUUUAACAAAUAUCCAACGACAAAAAAGAUGAAAGUCGAAAAUAAAAGUAGUUCAAGAAAUAUUCAAUUUGAUUAAAAAAAAUUAAUUCCUGAUAUAAAAUAAUUAGAAUUGAAAAUAAUUAAAUCAUUAUAAGAAAUAGAGAAAAAUAAAAAUACUUAAAAAAUAGUAUCUUUAGAUAGCAAAGCAUUACACUAAAUACUUAGUAAAUUUAGUAAGCCUAUAUCUUAAAGACAUAUUUAAUAAGUAGACUCAUUUAAAAGCACUUCAAAUCAAUCUAUUAAAUUAACUAAUAACAGAAUUGCUAUGCAAAAGGCUUACACUCCACGAAAUAAAUUCAUGAACUCAAAACCUAAUGAAACCAAUUAAUAACAUACUAAAACAUCAAUAGAAAAAUAGUAAUAAUUAGUUAAAGCUCUUGAUCUUAAGAAAUUGAUGAUCUAUAAAUCUGAAAAACCUGCUAAGACAGAACGAAUAAAAAAAAAUGUUCCUGUUUUGAAUCUGAAUGCAAUUUAGAUUAAUAAUUAGUCUUCUCUAACAUCUAGAAAUUAAAGUGGCAAUCCAAGCUUCAUUUAAUUAUUAACUCCAAAACCACAAACUAGUAGAUAUAAAGUUAAUAAUCUUAUUCAUUGGUAAGUAAAGGCUAUUUAAGCUGCAUAAAGAGAUUAUAAAUUAUAGUUAAAAACUUAAUAAAUGAAAAUAGAACAAUUAAUUUGA